CCAGAUAAUAAACAUAAACCAGGCCAUAAAAUUUAAAUCGAUGUAAAUACUAAAUACACUAAACUUAAGAGUUUUUUUAGCACUAUGUUAUAACACCUAAAGGAAAAAGAAAAAUAAAACAUGCUUUCUUCUAAAUUACAAAGGCAGUUUUUAAUUUCAAUAUUAAGUAAGCAAUCGCAGAAUGGAAGCAGAAAUUAUGCAACGGCGAAACGGUUUUACAAACGUGUCGAUAUAGUACAAAACGAAAACAAAUGGGAGGUUACUUUAGAUCAUCGGAGGUUAAAGACACCCAACGGUCAGGUUUUUAAUGUAAAUACAGAGGGCCUAGCUAGAGCAAUUGCUGCAGAGUGGGACGCACAGCACGACGGAAUCUCUCCACCGUCAAUGCACCUGACUGCUCUAUGCAACACUGCAAUGGACAAUCCAGGAAAACUCAACAAACAUGAUAUAGCUAUCCAUCUACUUGAAUUUCUAACUACAGAUACUAUCCUCUUCUUCUCAGAUGAGGAAGAGGAAUUAAGACUUCUACAGGAACAAAAGUGGGGCCCAGUUUUAGAAUGGUUUGAAGAGAGGUUUCACAUUAAGCAGGAAGUUUCAAGGGACUUCCAACCUCCUCCGAUUACUACAGAAACAAGAGCAGUGUUAGCUAGACAUUUUCUUUCAUAUGAUUUUCCAGCAUUAAAUGCUAUGAAUUUUGGAACGGAAGCAUUAAAGUCUCCAAUAUUAAUGUUGGCCUGUGUGGAUAGAUUUUUACAACCAAAGGAAGCUGUAAUGCUCGCAAGAUUAGAGGAAGAAUACCAGCUUCAACGAUGGGGUCGUGUUCCAUGGGCUCAUGAGUUAAAUCAAGUAGAACUGACAUCUCGAGUGGCGGCGUCGCUUCUUAUCAUACAGAAUUCAACAGAACUUCACACAGAAAAAGCUAAAAAAAAAGCAGAAGAAUCAUGAUAGUGAAUUUGUUUUUACCACAGUGGGAUACCUAGUCGUGAUAUACUUAAUAAGUGCAAAUGGUUUUAAAUCAGUCUAGUGCGCAACGUCCGCAAACAGUAGAAAUCUAUAUAUAAUAAAAAUGGUUUGCGUAAAA